GAUGAUUUAUUUCAUUUCACUAACUAAAAUGUUUUCUAGUCACUCACAUUUAAAAAGACGAACACCCGAAGGCGGAAUUCCACGUCCAGAUUAUAUCGAACACCUGGUGGAAGAGUAUCUCACCACUACCAACGUUGAGGCAAAGGAGCAAGUAACAGCCAAUUUAGCUAAUUUUGCUUAUGAUCCAAUCAAUUGGGAAUACCUAUGCGAAGCUGGUGCUUUGGAUGUAUUUGAGGACUGCAUUAAGAGUCCAAAUGAGCGGUUACAACUACACGCGCUUGCUGGUUUUUGCAAUAUGUGCUUAGAUACUACAUCGUUUAAGUUUAUUACUAAAUCUGAAGUUUUCGGCCCAAUCAACUUAUUAAUGCAGACUACAGAAACCACCGACAUAUACCUCAAUUGCAUUGCUCUUUUCUACCAGUUACUCACUGCAGACAUUUGCACGCAAAAAGAAAAAAGUUUAAUUGUCACCCCGCCCGUGUUGAGAACAAUUACGAAGCUGAAAAACCUAAGCCCUGAUCCGCGUCGCCUCAACAGUCAAAUAACAACGAAGUAUAAAGAGAUCAAGUUAGUUAAACGCUUCACCCAGCUCGAAUUAGACCAGUUUUCAUCAUUGACAGCCGAUAGCAAUCCCAUACAUAGUGUAGACACUCCAAUAUCCGAGCGUAAAGUACAUGGAGCUUUUCUCAAUGCAAUUGUGGCUGGCAUUAUUGGCACUCAGAUGCCCGGAGCGGGAACCAUUGUAUUAAGUCAAAAAUUUAACUUUCCGAAUGCAUGUCAUGUGGACGUAGAUACUUUCAUUUCGGUUCGUUUAGUUAAAGAGCGAAAAAUUUCGCUCGUAGAAUACGAGUGUCGCCAAGGCGAACAGAUCGUCUUCAUUGGUGAAGCUAAACUCUUAAUAAAACGAUAAAUAUUCCACAUAUAACUAAAAUAAACAUUUUUAUUUACAAAGAUAAACACG